AUGAGUGACACAGACAGUGAAGAAGAAAAGAUAGUUGAGGAAGUUCGCCACAGUUCUUCGGAAACCAGUUACGAUGAAGACGAAGUUGAAGAACCUAUCAAGGAGGCAAAGGACGAGUCGACGGGCACUUUGGUUUCGCUUCAAACACCAAAGAGAGUCAGAAUGGCUUCAUUGGUUCAAUUACAGCCACUUCCUCGAAGAAAAAGAUUUAUACCUAAAUAUGAGGUAGAAGGUGUUGUGAAGCUCAUAUUGGGUGAUGAAACUCAAUUGCAGAUCGAAAUCGUGGUUGGAAGUCACGUGAACGCUCAGCACCCAUGGAAGACUGUAGCGACAGAAAAAGUGAUGGCCGCCAUUGACACGAGUGGAGAACUUUCAGAAUUUUUCCCUUUAAAAGAAGCUCUUGAAGCUUAUGAAGAGCCAGAGAUGUUAAUUGGAUACAUUCCUGAUGAAUCGAAAGAUGUAGAUGAGUUUUACGUUUGUAUCACAAAAGAGGCAAAAGAACAUUGUCAACAGCAAUCAGAAAAAUUCAUUAGAAGACAGGAGAAGAAAUUAGAAAAAUCACUCCAAAGAAAACCAAAACCAUGGACAAGUUUAGGAAGUGAAAUCGAAAUAAAUGAACUUGUACCUAUAAAUUCACGGCCCUUGAUAGAAGUGGAAGUCAAAGCCACGUACCCUACUCUUUAUGAUCCUAAACAUUUUAUUGCUAGAGACGUUUUGGCAGUAAGAGAUGGAUACAUAGAAUUAACACCCUACAGACAAAAGUUUAAUAAUAUUUAUAAAAAGAGAGUUGAUUGCGCCUCUCAAAUAGGUCUUCCAAAAAGUCAUAGAGCUCAACAAACCGUACUAAGAUAUCCGAAAAAUAUGUGGACUCAAUCCGUUGCCGAUGCUAUGGGUCAAUUCAAAAAUCCUUUUGAAAAAGGAGAGGAUGCAUCAUCAAAAAAAAACUUGGCAGAACUUUUUGAUGAGGGUCAAGAAGAUUCUUCGAGUGAAGAUGAAGCUCAGGAGCCUGUUGAUGAAGUGGGAUUGGCCACUUACAUGGCUGCGUUCAAGCGUUUGCGUCGAUUAUCUUACCAGAAACGGAUGAAAGAAUUUAUGCUAGAUAGGACUUCUGAAUUUGAUGAUUUAAUAGAAUUAAAUACAGUAAUGGAUAUUUAUUGUAAUGAUUAUCCAAAUUUACAAUCAAAAAAAACGGUAAGCGUGUAUGACUCUAUGACUUUUGAAGAAUACGUUUGCUUUACAGAUGUAAGAGCAAAAGAUAAAUAUGUUUCGUGUGCUGCGUUUCAUCCAAUGUGGUCAGGUAUCGUAGCCAUUUCUUACUCCGACGGCUCACCAACAGUUAUGAAAUUUGUGAGCACUCGUCCUGACCCAAUCCAAAGAGCUGUAUAUGGUUUAAAUCCUGUUUUAAUUUGGAGCCACAUAGAUAGUUUAAUACCAAAAUUAUACUUGGAAAGUCCACGAGAAGUGAAAUCUCUGGCGUUUUGCCCGUUUGACGAAAAUUUGUUAUUAGGUGGCUGUAUUAACGGACAAGUGAUUUUAUGGGAUUUAACAAAUAAAUUAGAAAAUGUAGAAAAUGUCGAGGUAUUGACUGAAACGAGAGAAAGGUAUCGCAUUGCUAUGAAUUCGCAUAUGUUGUGGUUUAAGAACAUACAAGAUAAAUCAGUCGUGCAACCUACGGCAAUGAGUAAUUUACUGACAAGUCAUUACGGCCCAAUAACUACAAUUAAAUGGCUGUCACCUAAUUUUACUGUAUCAUCAACAGGCAGAAUGGGAAUGUCUAGUGAAAAUCAAGAUCAUCCGAAAGUAUCAUAUGUGUGUUUCACUGGUUCUGAAGAUGGUACUAUACUAAUAUGGAAUUUAUCUAUAGAAAACGUGUCAUCACUUAUGGAUGGUAAAAAGGUAAAAAAAUCUAAAAGAGUGUUACGAAGACCAUCAGGUUUGAUGACGGAUGUAUCUCCGUACAGAGUUUUAGAUCGAAACUUGAUGCCGUGCUAUAAAAUAAUAUUAGGUGUCGCUGGCCAACCAAAAACACUACCUGUGCAAUCUUUUGCAUUAAAUAAGCCAGUUCUUAAAUAUAUUCACGUUCCUAAGACAACCGCAACGGGAAGAAAAUAUUUUACUUGUGAGAUUUUACCGCAAACUUCAGAUGAUUUCUUUACGAAAAUUUAUUGUGGUUCGCAACAUGGAGAAAUGAGACGUAUUAAGUGGGAAGGCCAUGCAUUUAAUACCGGUGAAGUCGUUAACUCUGAGUAUGGAGAUAUAGAUUACACCUGCUUUAUACAUGAUGGAAUUGUGAGUAGUACCUCAAGAAAUUAUUUCUUAAAUGAUAUUACGGCCACUGUAGGUGGAAAAGUAUUUGCAAUCUGGAGUGACCAAUUAUUAGGUCGACCAUUACUGUGGAAAAAACGUUCCUGCCGUUUAACUGAUGUGAAAUGGUCAUUGUACAAACCAAGUAUGUUGUUCAUAUCGACUUCAGAGGGUGAUCUGGAAACAUGGGAUCUGUUAUUGCGAAGUGACCAACCGAUUGCCACGCAAACUGUUUCUGGUACAAUGUUGACUGGCGUUUCUGUACACACUCUACCGUUGCAGAAAAAUAUUAUUGGAGUGAGUGAUGCAUAUGGCUCAUUCCAAAUGUUUAUUGAUCCUCCUAUAUUUAUGAUUGAAAACAUAACAUAUGGUAGUCGCAUGGAAGCAUUAGUACAGAGAGAAUUGAAUGUAAAGGUAUCUUUUCUCAAAUGGCAACAUCAAUGGAUGAAACAAAACCCUGGUAUUUUAAUAGAGAUGAACAGAAAAGAAGGCGCACUUUUGGCCGAGAAGGAAGAAGAAAAACGUAGGAAAAGAGAAGCAGAAGAACAGAGAUUAGAAGAAGAAGCUGAAGCUCGACGCUUAGAGAAAACCAGAUUUAUCGGGCCAGUAGAGCGCUGGCAGAUAAUAAUACAAAAACUUAUAGAGCGAACUAUUGCUGUAAAGAAACGCAUUAACAGAGCUGAGCUUAUAGAAGACGAAAAACCACUUAGGGAAUUAGAAGCACAGCGUUUAGAGAAAGAAAGACGUAUGCUUGAAAUUAUGAAGAAUCAAAAAGCUAUUUUUAAUGAUACGGUGGCAAUACUUUUUCCUGAAGCAAUUAAAAAGCCACCAAAACCAAAAAAGACUUAUAUGUCUGAUAAUAGAGAUAAAUUGAAGAAGGAAUAUUUAGAAGAUUACCAGUUUCUAAAGGCACUUGCCUUUAAAACUGUUAACGAUAAUCCCUACAAGGCUAGCUUCUCUUGGGAGGCAACUAUAGCAGAAGGGAAAGAGAGGAAACAAGCGUUGAAUGCCCACGAGUCAUUUAUAAAACUACACAAAUUGAGGUUGGAUGACGAAGACUUCUUCACUGCACCUGUGCCUGCUGCGAUACAAAACAUAGCUGAAGAUGAAACAGUAGAGGAAGAACAGGCAGAAGAAAAUAAAGAAUGAGAUUUCCUUACAAUUUUGUAAAGUUAGAUAGAAAUGUCUAAGUUAUAAUGGAUUUUAAUAAUAAUUUAAUAUACGAGUACAUAUAGUGCAAAUUUUUCAUUCUACAGACAUAUAUACAAAUAAUUGUUUAUAGCGACUUCUGAUGCUCCUGAUGA